UUUUCCUCAAGACCCAUCUGUUCACGACCCGUGUGAAGCUAUCAUUACAUUUCAGGCAACAAUCAUGACAAGCAACGAAGUGAUGAAAGGGACCUGCAACUGCGGAGCAGUCUCGAUCGAGUUCCCCAAGACCUCAUGCCCAGGAUCUUGCGUCAAAUGCCAUUGUCAAGGCUGUCGUGCAUCGAGCGGAGGCUUAUUCUCGGUCAAUCUUCCCAUCCCCAGGAAGGAUGUCAAAGUCAAUGGCACACCGAAGAUAUACCAGGACGGCGAGACGAUGAGUGGAAAGGCUGUGCAUCGCAACUUCUGUGGUGAUUGUGGAUGUGCAGUCUUCUCGACAGCAGAGGUAGAAGAUCAUAAGACCGCAUAUGUUAAAGGAGGUCUCUUCACUAAGAAUGGUAUCGAAAUCCCGCCCCCAGGAGCAGAGAUUUUCUGGCAUAGACGCGAACAAUGGGAGGAACCUACUGCAGGAAUCAAGCCUCAGUAGAUAGGUGUCAUAACUCUGAGCAACGGAACCGGGC